AUGGCAGCGACAGAGACAAAAGCAAAAGCGACCAAGUCGCAUCCGAUCGAGAGCUGGGACGACGGUAUCUCGCCCAUCUACACACACCUACACCCGCUGCUAUUACUCGGCCUGUUUUAUUACCAGUUCCCCUCGCUGGUCGAGAAUCCCGUCGAAACAUUGCCUCAGACAGCAUUGGGUGUCGCCGCCCUCCAACUACUAUACCUCUGCAUCUGUAUCCCCGGUAGCAACCAGGCCCAGCUGCCUCAGCGUGGAAAGAAGAAGGGCAAGGUCACUCAAAACCACCAAGGAGACACUGGCUUUGGUGCCAAGUUGGUCCCUGGAAUUCUCUCGCUCAUCCUCGCCGUCACUCUCGGAGCUCCCCUCAUCGCCAUCGUCCUCAUCCUCUUCGGUGCCCCGCUCACCUCCCACCAAGCCCACACCAUUUACUGCGGUCUCCACAUCUCCCUCCUCGCCGCCUACCCUCUCUUCUACGUCCACGGUGUCGAUGGUGCCAAAUGGAUCGAGGUUGGCGCAUUGGCUGCACCCAUUGACGAGGUCUUUGGUGCCACGGUCGGAACUCUGAUUGGUGCUUGGGUCGGUGCUGUGCCUAUCCCUCUCGACUGGGACCGCGAAUGGCAGAAGUGGCCAGUCACCAUCUUGGCUGGAGCCUACAUGGGAUAUGCGGUUGGCAAGAUUGUGGGUGGACUGCUGCUCAAGGGCUCCAAGAUUAAGAUUGCAUGA